CACACACACACACAGGGAGUAUAAAAGGGGCAUCCUUCCCACUCACCAGAGAAGUGCUCUGCUUACUCUCACACAGUCUGACACCGAACCUCUUUCCUCAAGAUGGCUGCAGGGCUGUGUGUGUGUGUCGUGCUGUUGGUCUUGUGUACGAGCUGUUUGGGGCUCCCCUUCUCCUCCCAGCCGCUGGACGACGGCCACCGCUCCGCAUCCGUCGCCUCUGAAGCUCUCCUUGAGGGUGUCACCCGCUCCUUGGGGGAGCCCCACGUCCAACACAGCCGCACUGCCCCCCAGCUGAAAGCUAUGGGCGAGGAGGAUGCGGACCCCCGGGCCAACCUCAGCGAGCUGCUGGCAAGACUCAUCUCGUCCAGGAAAGGUUCUGUGCGUAAAAACUCCACAGCCAACAGCAGAAGCAGCGGACUGAGCACCAACCACCGGAAAGCCGACAGGGACUACUUGGGCUGGAUGGACUUCGGCCGCCGCAGCGCGGAGGAAUACGAGUACUCCUCGUAGAAGCGAGUCCCGGCUCGGACCUCGGCGUAAACAAGGAUGAGAAAAAGACAAAAAAGAAACCCGUGCAAGCUGGCUCCCCCACUGUCUCGUAAUAAAGAGUCGAUUUAUGAUGUAUUUGUUGUACAUUUGUUUGUAAAACUGUAACAAUGCAAUAUACAUAUGCCAAAUUUCGCAGAAAAGCUCUCAGUGUCCAAGGUUUGUUCUGUUCCUGGUUUCCUCUACUUUCUUUAUUUUGAGAUCUGUUGGGACUCACUGGACUGAAUAAAGAUUGGAAACAUCA